UUACCAUUUUUAUUCAUUCUUACGAUUUUCUCUUUCUCUUAUGGCUUCUCACUCCACCUACGGAUCCGACUCGACAACACCCAACACAACUUUCGUCCAAGCCGACCCAUCAAACUUCCGUGCCGUCGUUCAGAAACUCACCGGAGCAUCCGAAGACCCUUCAGCGCACAAACUCCCCCUCACUCUCCCCACUCGCCUCGCAGCCCAAUCCCACCGCCCCGCCGCCGCAGAGGUAAUCGGGCCGAAAAAACCGAACUUUAAGCUGCACGAGCGGCGCAACGCGGCGGCGAAGAAGCUGGAGCUGAGCAUCGGGGUGUCGGAGAGAGCGGUGAACAUGAGCGUGUCACCUUGUUCUUUGGUUCGAAGCAGAGCGUUGUUGGGUGAGAACAUGGUGAUGGCUUCGCCUGUUUCACCGUUGGAGUUCUUGGCGCGUGCAAGUCCACGAACACCAAAGUCACCCGAUGAAGAAGAAGAAAGAGCGAUUGCAGAGAAAGGGUUUUACUUACACCCAAGUCCAAGAGCUUCUCAACCACCUGAGCUAUUGCCCCUUUUCCCUUUGCAUUCUCCCACUCAUCACAACCACCCUCCUCUUUCUUCCUCUUAAUUUCUUAUAUUAUUCUUGUGAGAAUUUUAUUUUAUAUUGUUUUGUUUUUAACUAAUUAAUUACCAGUUUUUUUGGUUUUUGGUUGAAUUAAUGGAGUUGUAUUCUCCAUGUUGUAGAGACUUUGUGUAUGUGUAGUUGUAGUGUCACUGUUUCUGUUGUUUCUACGUUAACAAACUUGUUCAUCACUCCCACUCUUUCAAUUUUCUUUUUCAGUAUUUGGAAUAUUAAUGUGGUAGCAGAAUGGGAAUUCAACACUGCAUUGCUUUUACUUAG